UACAGAUCAAUAAUCUCACAUUUCAGGAAUUCAUAAUAAAAUAUAGUUUCAUCAAGUAAAGUUUGAAGCUCAUAAGAUAAAGUUUAUUUUCAUAACACACACAUGACCACUGAAAGCAUUGUACAAGUAUUACAGAGUCGUGUAAUAAAGAACUGAUGGCAGAAGAAAAGGAACAUAAAAGAACUGGAAUGAGAACGCCUAUACAGAACCAAAGCAUUUAAAAAACCUAAAUCAUCCCUCUGAAUGAACCCUCCUUGUGCCAACCUCAAGAUGAGUGCACACAUGACGUGCUUUGCUCAAGCAUGACCUGAUUUUCUUCUCAUAUAUAGCAAUUUUUCGUCUACAGAUUCUGUGGUGUCUACGUUUGCCACCAACUUCCUCCUGAGAGAGAAAGAACGUUUUAAACAGAGCUGCGUGCACUUGCCUUCAACGUCCACACCUCUCCUGUAAAGCAGUCUGUCUCCAGCCGGGGACUCGAGGAAAGACAAGAGGAAUGAGCAGAUAGAGCAGAUAGAGCAGAGCAGAGCGGUAACUUGGGAAAAUACAGAAAAGGAGCGAUAGACUGGGGAAGCGAGUGGGCAAGAGGCAACGUGUUGAGUGGAAGGGAAGAAAAAAAAAAGAAGACUGAAAGGAAGAAGGAAGUGAGGGAGACAUGAGAGAGGCUACGAUGAGGGGCUAAAAAUAUAUACACUUAUAAAAAGUGUACAAGUAAAACAUGUCUCUGAAGCUACCUCGCAACUGGGACCUCACCAAUCUCCGGGGUGAAACUGCCAAAAUAGCACGGUCUAAGAGCAUGAUACCGGGAGACAGCGGAGCCGGAUCAGGCCGCUCCGAUGUCAAGAGGUCGAUGGAGAAGGCUCUGAAGAAAGGGUGGCUGAAGAAGCAGAGGUCUAUUGUGAAGAACUGGAAACCGUGCUACUUUGUGCUCAGGGGGAACAUCCUGACAUACCACAAAGAUGACAGAGAGAGCGCUGUACAGGGAACGAUACCGCUGUGGGCCAGUCAAGUGAACGAGGUGCCGUCAAACACCGACGACAAAUUCAUCUUCGAGAUCAUCCCACGAAGUAAUGGAGAUCGGGAGCGUGAUGGCUGUGUGCUCAUGGCAAGCAGUCAGAGCGAGAUGGAGGACUGGGUGCGACAGAUCCGCCGGGCCAUCGGAGCUCAGGGUAGCGGAGUGUUUGGGAAAGGUCUGGCGGACAUCAUGGCCUACGAGAAGAAGCUCGGGCCUCGCUCUGUGCCCAUGCUGGUGGAGAAGUGUGCCGAGUUCAUCAAGGAGCACGGCCUGGACGAGGAAGGCAUCUUCCGUCUGCCCGGACAAGAGAACCAGGUCAAACACUUCCGAGAGGCUUUCGAUGCUGGAGAGAGGCCGUCAUUUCCUAGUGACACAGACGUCCACACAGUGGCGUCUUUACUCAAACUGUACCUGCGUGAGCUGCCUGAGCCGGUCGUGCCCUGGACUCAGUAUCAGGACUUUCUGGACAGCAGCAUCAUGUUGGACGCCACGACGGCAGCGGGGAAGGAGAAACUGGAGAAGCAGAUCGGCCUGCUUCCUAAAGCAAACUACAACCUGCUGAGUUACAUAUGCAGGUUCCUGUUUGAGGUGCAGCAGCAUUCCAAGGUGAAUAAGAUGAGUGUGGAGAACCUGGCCACAGUGAUGGGGGUGAACCUCUUCAAACCGCAGGUGGAGGACGCCUUCAGCAUGAUGAAGGGGACUCCGAUGAUCCAGAAGGUGAUGACGGUGAUGAUCAGGCACCACGAGCUGCUCUUCCCUGCCUCCAAAGAUGCCACUCCGUCUCCUGCUCCUGCUAAGAAACUGAGGAGCAAAAAAGCAGCAAAUCCACGUAACUUUGUGGGCUGGGAGUCUGCAGAGAUAUGCGAGAUGUCGUCCUUAUCCGAGUCCCCAGAAGAAGAGGAAGUGGACACAUUCGAGACUGAGAGUUUGGCAUCAAAAGGCGCUCCAUCCCCUACGACCCCUACAUCCCCACCUCUGUUAGAUGCACCAAGCCCAAGGAAACGUACUCAGACUCUGCCCAGCUUGGGUGGCCCCGCUAGCUUUCGAGCAACUCGAGAACCAUCCUGGGAUCGCUGGAGCUAUCUUCAGGAGACCUUGGAAGAGAAGGAGGAGAAGACGUUCUCUGAGGACAUCUUCAAAAUCCUGGACCUUCAGAAGGUGACACUAUUUCCGGAAAAACAGAACAACAAUGGUAAAGAUGAGGGAAAGGACGCUACGCAGGAAAGGAGGAGCAGCAACGGUGCGAUUAAACCCACAGAACCGCCUCAAGAGAAAGUGGAACCACAGGCCAAACCAAAUGAGAACUCAAUGCAAAAAUCUCUGAGCAGGGAGGAGCUUGUGAAACAGCAGUCCCAGAGCGUUCCCCAGAAACCGGGUGAAAACAAGACCGACCAAGAGCAAUUCAUUGCCAGUCUCCAGCAGAGGAACAAGGAGCUAAAUGCGACCGUAGCCGAGCUCAAGUCGGCGCUGGAGGCUGAGCGACGUUGUAAAGCAGCUCUGGAGAUUUUGUUAGGCAAUGCUGAGCGCAGCAGGGACGAAGCUCUGAGACGCAAUGAGCAGCUGGACCGAGAGAUGCAGAUGUUCGUCAGUAAAGGCAAACCGAUGUGAACGCACACUCGGACAGACGCAAGCUGAGGACUCCAACGUGAGGACCAGUCUACGCAGCCGAAAACAUUCGAUCCAAUAGGGAAUUUCCAUUGGGAUUAUUAGCUAUCUGGUUAUUUAUUUCCAGAGGAUAUUUUAAAUGCAUUUUAUUUAAAGUUAGAUGAUGGACAAUAAUAUAUAAAAUUAUAGUAUUUUUUCAUUAAGGGAAUAGAUGCAUACCAUAAAUGGUACUGUAUGCUCACAGCAAGGUAACAUUUUAUCUUGCCUAUUAGUGGAUUAUUUAUCGGCUGGUACCGAUAUGUGCCCUGGAAACAAUGUUCAAAGUGUUCUCAAAUGUUUUACACAGCUUUAUCAGUCCUUUUCAUGACUGUUUUGUUUAGUAGAAUAUUCCAUACCAGCAACUUUGUCAGACAAUGGCACAAAAAGUUCAACAAUCUCCAUUCUCAUUGUAAUGAGACUGCUGGUGAAGAGAGACAAUAUUACAGGACUGUGUUACACUUCAGGAAUUGCUCUUGAAGCCAUGACUUCCAAAGAUACAACGCUAGAUGUUUAGUGUUGUUUGAUCUUUGAAAAAUUCGGGCAGAGUGUUAUAAUUGUUUUCGGAUGUGCUGUUCUUUAACCUCAGGAUAAAUUUCUAAUAAAAUUCAGUUCACUCUGUGAA